AAUUUAGAAUUCUCUCUCUCUCUCUCUCUCUCUCUCUCUCUCUCUCUCUCUCUCCUUGCAGAAGUACUGGGCUUUGUAUGAGGAUCAUCAUGAAUACACUUCCAAUCAACCAUGGCAGAGCAAUCGGAGUUCUAUUUCUCUUCUUCAUCACCCACUUCACCUCUUCUCCAGGCUGUCAAGCGGCUGAAGAGGAGCCGUCAAUCCGGCUUCAGGCUGGAGCUGGGAGGUUUCAGCCUAUAACGGAGGGCCCAAUAGAUUACAGGGUGGCGGUGGAGCUUGCCGCGGCAAGCGGAGGUCGGCGGCGGCUGACGCCGUUCCAGCUGUGUGUGCCGUGCAAGUGCUGCGCCAACGCCGCCGACCCGAGCAGCUGUGCCACCAUGCCUUGCUGCUUCGGCAUCGACUGCCAGCUGCCCAAUAAGCCCUUUGGGGUUUGUGCUUUUGUGCCAAAGGCCUGCAAUUGUGACUCUUGCAAAACUUAGGAUUUGAAUCUUCUUCUUCCUCCACCCCCCCCCCCCCCCCCUCUCUCUCUCUCUCUCUCUCUCUCUCUCUCUAUAUAUAUAUAUAUAUAUUGGUUUGAUAGAUGUUUUUGUGAAUAAAAGAGGGAGAUCUUGAUUGGUUGUACUACACAUAAUAUUGGAACAGACAUACGCUUUGAGUGCUUAGUGAGUUAUGAUUUGUCAAAGAAAUUAACAAAGUGAAGGGGUAUACAUUUAUACACAAACUAUAAUUCAAAUGAUGGAGUAACCUCUUUUCAUAGUAUUUGAAAGGGAAAUGACAUUCUUACAAAAAUCUUUAUUUAGUUAUCGUCAUUAACAAUAAUAAUGGGGUUUUUAGCAAUUAUGAAGAAAAAAGAUGGGUAAAUUUUGGUGUACAACAAAUUAAUAGACACAUGAACUUUGUGCAAUUAUCCAUUUGAUAAUAUAUAUAUAUUGUCUGUCCAAAGAAAAUUGAAAGAAAGAAGAUGAAAAUUGGUGGCGUUAUAAGUUAUAACCUGGGAGCCAGCCACAGGAGAGAAGAGAAGCACCAAGCAAUCAAUCAGUACUCUGCGUGGGACCGGCGGCGGCUGAGUUGUUCUUUCUAUGGAACAAACUCUAGUUUAAUUGUUGUACAGGUGCAUGGAGAAGCAUACUCUUUUGAGUGAGUUUGUUUUGGUAUCAGUCUUAGCCUCUGGUGCUUAUACGUCAAGAAAAGUAAAUCACAAGUUAAGUCUUUGACCCUUGUAUAAGGUAAGAAUCGAACUACCCACUAGAUUGACACUGACAUAUUGCUCAUCUGACUACUCAAUCUAUGUUUUGAGAGCUUGAGUUUAUUUGUUUUAGUCAAAUGGUGUAUAUCCUGAUAGAAUUAUAUAUAUAUAUAUAUAGUAAUUGUUAUCUGUAUUUGUGAAUUAUAAGGGAUAUGAUGCGCAUGUGAAUUCUUGCUGCUUUCACAUGGACAUGCAUGUGGGCUGUACACAUACGUACGUAUAUUUAUCUCCAACUUGAAUUGGUUCAAUGGUGCU